AUGCACGGUUACAGCUCUUCAGAGGAGUCGGACGAUCCUCGUCGCCCGCGUCCUGUGCCAGCAUCGACCAGUACCACCGACAAGAAGAAGGUCAAGAAGAAGAAGACGCCCCCGCAGCCUUCUAUCAACCAUAUUUGGAAGAAGUUUCAAGACAAGAAGUUCAACAAGGCCUUGGCUGUGCUACCCUUCGACCCUGUUCUACCGCCAGCGAGCUCAGAGAAGCCCAACGAGUUGUUAAGUGCUGGAUACGAGCGAGCUGUCGAGGAGUGUCGCCGGAAAGUAAAGAAAAUUAUCCAAGAAUGCCGCAGAGUCAACAUGCGAUAUCGGGACCCUGGUUGGGAUUUGGACUGGGACUUGAAGUGGGAAAAGGGUCACUGUCUCAACACCCUCGGCCACACCAAAUGGCAGCUUUCCAGGACCACUCUCUCCAACCCAAGCGCAUCUGUCCCCAAGGCAGUAAAGCGUGUUCACGAAAUCUUUGAGAAGCCAACUUUCUUAAAGAACGUCAAUGGCGGAGACGUGAAACAAGGAAGCCUCGGGGACUGUUGGUUGAUGGCGACGCUAACCGCCCUUGCUAACGUCGAGGGCGGUAUUCAGCGCAUCUGCGUCGAGUACGACACCCGCAUCGGCAUUUACGGUUUCGUCUUCUACCGCGAUGGCGAGUGGAUCUACUCCAUUAUCGACGACAAGCUGUAUCUCAAGUCUCCUUGCUGGGAUUCGCCUAGCAUGCAGCGAGAUCUCCUCCAGCAAAUUGACCGAGAGGACGUUGAGCGUGUCUAUCGUAAGACCUAUCAGACCGGAUCCAAGGCCUUGUUCUUUGCUCAGUGCAAGGACCAGAACGAGACGUGGGUGCCGUUGAUCGAGAAGGCUUACGCCAAGGCUCACGGUGACUUCGCAUCGUUGGCGGGUGGCUGGAUCGGCGAGGGGUUGGAAGAUCUCUCGGGUGGUGUUACCACCGAACUGCUCACCUCGGAUAUCCUCGACCUUGAGGGUUUCUGGGAAAAUGAGCUUGCCAAAGUCAAUGAGGAAUUCCUAUUUGGCUGCUCCACAGGCCUUCUUGAUGGAGGCUACGGCGAGAGAAAUGGCAUCUCGGAAGGCCACGCAUACGUUAUCAUGGAAGCAAGGACGCUGAAAUCUGGAGAGCGUCUGAUUAAGCUCCGCAAUCCUUGGGGAAAGAUUCGCAAGGGCGUGUGGGAGGGCGCGUGGUCUGAUGGCUCCAAAGAAUGGACCAUGGAAGUUCAGGAGGAACUUGGCCACCACUUUGGCAAUGACUCUGUCUUCUGGAUCAACUACGACGACUUCCUGCGUAAAUUUCAACACAUCGAUAGAACCAGGCUCUUCCGUGACCCCGCCUGGAGAUGCGCCCAACGCUGGAUCGGGGUCGAGGUCCCCUGGAAAUCGCAGUUCAACGAGAAAUUCCAGGUCAAGUUAUCCAAGGAUGGGCCGCUAGUCCUGGUUCUCACUCAACUUGACACACGAUACUUCAAGGGGCUCCAGGGCCAGUACUCGUUCCGCAUCCACUUCCGUAUUCACGAGCGAGACCGCCCUGGUGCUGAGGACUACAUCGUCCGCUCUCACGGCAACUAUCUCAUGGACCGGUCCGUCUCCAUCGAGCUGCCGGACAUGCCAGCUGGGGAGUACAGCAUCUUCAUGAGCGUCACUGGUGAGAGAGACACCAGAAUUUCCUCUGUCGAAGAUGUGGUCAAGCGUGAGUGCAAGAAGCGCGUAGAGAACGACAAGCUGGCGCAAAUUGGUGCCGCAUACGACUUGGCGCACAGCAAGGGUACUGCCCACCUUCAAGAGGUUGCUAGACUACGAAAGAUGAAGGAGCAGCAGAGAGCCUCCGAGUCUCGCCAAAAGGAGCGCCGCAAGCUCUGGGAGAGACGUCACAUCAACCGCGAAGUCACUAAGCAGCAGACCAAGAAGAAUAACGAGAAGCGCGACCGCAAGCUUGCCAAGAAGGCGGAAGCAGCCAAGAUCAAGGCUGACCUCGACGCAAAGGCCGCUGCGGAAGCCAAGAUUGCUGAAGACGCGAAAGUGAUGGAAGAGGCCGAGGCGAAGAAGAAGAUGGAUGCAGAGAAGGCCAAGGAUCAAGCCGUCCAGACGGAAGUUGCCAAGGACAAGGCGGCGUCCGAUGACACAACCAAGGGUGUUGCUGAAGGCAUCUCCAAUGAGGAAUCGAAGGAGACGACCAAGUCAGAUGUAACGGAUGAGUGUAAGAAGGAAUCCAAGGAGGAAUCCGAGGAGGAACCCAAGGAAGAAUCCACGGACGAAGCCAAGAAGGACGUUGCCGACGAAGAGUCUGCAGCGAAAUCCGCGCCUGCUCCCGCACCGCCGGCGCAGACGUCUUACGAUUCGGAUGGCAAUUCAUCCGACUCGCCCAUUGAGGACUGGGAAGAGUUAUACAGUGACGAUGACAUGGUCAGAAAGCCACGCCUCACUCCUGCAGGGCCGCCCAAAAGACAUGACGAGCGUUACGAAUCUGAAGAGGAAGAUAUGCCUGAUCCCUGGAACGCCAUCUGCAUUUUAGGAGUGCGCGUCUACUCCAUGGACGAGGAUCUUGAAGUCCGCGUCGUCAUGGAAGGCGGCGAGCUUCUCGAGGGUGGUAUGGGCAAGAAAGGAGAAGCCGAUAUCGACAACGCCCAAGUAAACGCGGGCGGAGAACGCGAGAGGAUAGAGUCUGAUAGCGCAGAAGCUGCGAAGCCUGAUGUCGAUGCAUCCACGACUGAGAAGACAGAAGAAGCGCGAGAUGACAUCAAAGAUGAGAAAGACGAGACGAACGAAGACUCCAAGUCGGAAAAGUCGGACAAGAACAGUGUCGACUCAACCGAUUACGACAAGUUACACUCCGGGACUUCGACACCAGACGUCGUUGCUACCCCGGAAGCGACUCCGUUAGACUCACAUAAAGAGUUGUGCUAG